AUGAGACAUACACACGAGACAUACACACGAGACCUCCACACGAGACCUACACACGAGACCUACACACGAGACCUACACACGAGACCUACACACGAGACCUCCACACGAGACCUCCACACGAGACCUCCACACGAGACCUACACACGAGACCCACACACGAGACCUACACACGAGACCUACACACGAGACCUACACACGAGACACCCACACACGAGACCUACACACGAGACCUACACACGAGACCUACACACGAGACCUACACACGAGACCUCCACACUGACCUCCGAGACUUACACACGAGACCUCCACACGAGACCUCCACACGAGACCUACACACGAGACAUACACACGAGACCUCCACACCUACACACACACUACACACGAGACCUCACACGAGAGACCUCCACACGAGACCCACACGAGACAUACACACGAGACCCACACACGAGACCUCCACACGAGACCUCCACACGAGACCUACACACGAGACCUACACACGAGACACACGAGACCUACACACAGACCUACACACGAGACCCACACACGAGACCUACACGAGACACCCUACACACGAGACCCACACACGAGACCUACACACGAGACCUCCACACUGGACCUCCGAGACUUACACACGAGACCUCCACACGAGACCUCCACACGAGACCUGACACACGAGACAUACACACGAGACCUCCACACGAGACCUACACACGAGACAUACACACGAGACCACACACGAGACAUACACACGAGACCUCCACACGAGACACACGAGACCACACACGAGACCCACACACGAGACCCACACACGAGACCACACACUGGACCUCCGAGACUUACACACGAGACCUCCACACGAGACCUCCACACGACUCACACACGAGACCCACAGACUCCACACGAGACCUCCACACGAGACCUCCUGAUAGCUGGUAA